AUGAACAAAAGCAGCCAGGCUAAGGUGGAGAAAAGAGCUCCCUUCUACGCCGUCUCUGCAGCACUUUUCUCGGCUGGUUUCGCUCCUCGACACCGCAGAGCACUCGCGGUACAUUCGCCAGCGGACGGCGUCAUGAUGGACGCGCCACCGCAAAACCAUGGCUCCACCAAAGGCAUCAUGACUUUCCAUCCGACGCUGGAGGAGUUCAAGAACUUCAACCGCUACAUCGCCUACAUGGAGUCCCAGGGAGCGCACAAAGCCGGUCUGGCCAAAAUCGUGCCUCCCAAAGAGUGGAAGCCUCGUGGGUCCUACGAGAGCAUUGACGACCUGGUGAUCCCUGCUCCCAUCCAGCAGGUGGUGACGGGGCAGUCAGGCCUCUUCACUCAGUACAACAUCCAGAAGAAAGCCAUGACCCUGCGAGAGUUCAGGAAGAUGGCCAACUCCGACAAGUUCUGUUGCCCAAACUACAACGACUUUGAAGAUCUGGAGAGAAAAUACUGGAAGAACGUCACCUUCAACCCGCCGCUUUACGGAGCAGACGUCAACGGAUCCCUCUACGACCCUAAGGUGAAGGAGUGGAACAUCUGUAACCUGGGCUCCAUCCUGGACACGGUGGAGAGCGAGAGCGGCAUCACCAUCGAGGGCGUGAACACUCCGUACCUGUACUUCGGGAUGUGGAAGACCACGUUCGCCUGGCACACGGAGGACAUGGACCUCUACAGCAUCAACUACCUGCACUUCGGAGAGCCCAAGUCCUGGUACUGCAUUCCUCCAGAGCACGGGAAGCGACUGGAGCGUCUGGCAAAAGGUUUCUUCCCCGGCAGUGCCCAGAACUGCGAGGCCUUUCUGAGACACAAAAUGACUCUCAUUUCUCCGUCCAUUCUCAAGAAAUACGGGAUUCCUUUCGAGAAGAUCACGCAGGAGGCCGGACAGUUCAUGGUGACCUUUCCCUAUUCGUACCACGCCGGCUUCAACCACGGCUUUAACUGCGCCGAGUCCACCAACUUUGCCACCGAGAGAUGGAUCGAGUACGGCAAGCAGUCCAUUCUGUCAAAACCCACACUGGCCUCACCCCUCCCCCCUCCCCCUCUGCCUCCCUCCCUCCUCCCCCUCUAG